GGAGGCGAGGGAGUAAUCAAAUCAAAUCAAACCAAAAUCAAAAGAGACAAUAAUUCAACAACAUAUACAGCAUUAUGGGCCAUCACUGUUGCGGCAAACAGAAAGUGAAGAGAGGCCUUUGGUCUCCUGAAGAAGAUGAGAAGCUCAUCAAACACCUCGCCACUCAUGGCCAUGGCUGUUGGAGUUCUGUCCCCAAACUUGCAGGGUUGCAGAGGUGUGGGAAGAGUUGCAGAUUGAGGUGGAUAAAUUACCUGAGGCCGGAUCUGAAGAGGGGAUCAUUCACAGACCAAGAAGAGAGGACAAUCAUAGAUGUUCAUAGGAUUCUGGGCAACAGAUGGGCACAGAUAGCCAAACACUUGCCUGGGAGGACUGAUAACGAGGUCAAGAAUUUCUGGAAUUCUUGCAUCAAGAAGAAGCUUCUUGCACAAGGCUUAGACCCCAACACACACAAUCUCCUGUCCUCUAGUCCAGCCAAGAAUCCCAAGAUUAACAAAAACAACAAACCCAUCAAUUCCCAACAUUUCACUGUCGACCAAAACUCCCCUCCCAAAGAUGAACUCCUCCACAUUCCCCUAGACUUCAAAGCCUCCAUUAAUGCAGCCCUCACUUGCAUUCCUAGCGCUAAUAAUGAGCCCCAUAAGCAUUAUUAUCCCUUAAAAUUUAAAUAUGGUCCGACGGGUGGCUACCAGUACCAAAACCCAUCGAUGGGUUUUGGUACGAGCUGCUCUUCGGUCGAGAGCACUUCAAACAACCUCUCCUUUUCUCCUUCUUCGUCUUCCUUGAACCCCGGGUUGGGAGCCAUGAAUGUGGAGAAUUCCAUGUGGGGAACCAGCCCGUUUGAACCGCAGGUCGGACCGGACCGGUUUGUUCAUCAACAACAACAACAGGAAAUGUACAAGGUUAAUAGUACUGAGUUCUGUAGCAAUAAUGUGCAGAAUAUGGAGAUGGUGAACACCUUUGACGACAGCUCUGACUUUGACUUCGACUUUGGGGAUGAUUCUGCACUGUUGCCCUUAGCAGUGUACUGUGAUGCCAAUUCUAUGGAUCAACUUACAUGGGAUAAUUGCUGAUUUUGUUUUGGUUUUUUUUUUUUUUUUUUUUUGGGUAUGACAUUCUAGGAAUUGAGCAUUGACAAUUUAAUUAGUUUGAUACUUGAUAGGUUUGUGUAUUUGAUCUGAUUGUUUACAUUUAAUUUCAUAGUUAAAUUGAAAAAA